UUUGUGUGAAGUUGUGAAAAGUUGUCAACCCGAAAAAAGAGAGCAGAGAAACUCCUCCCGUCUUCACAUUAUGAGCAAUCAGCAGCAGGGUGACAUGGCCGCUGUGGAGAGCGGCGGAGGCUACAGUCAAAAGCGAAACACGACUCAACAAGACUCCCAGCAGCCAUCUCCGCUUGCCUUGUUGGCAGCCACAUGUAGUCGAAUCGACACCCCAGGAGAGAACGAUUCACAUGCAGACCAACAACAACAACAAAACCAGCAGCAACAGCUGGACCUAAACCAGGGUGUUUUCACCUCCAGUGCCAACGGCUGGCAGGUUAUUCCUCUUAGCAUUCAAACAACCUCAGGCACUAGCACCAUCACCACCGACUCCUUAGGGGUGAUGACGGCAGACAUAGGAAAGAGCAGACAGGUGCUGUCACCAUCCACAGCUGUUGUGAGUACUCAGGGACAGCAGCAGCAUCAGCCACAGCAAUAUGUAGUAGCUCAGGCUCCAUCGAUGCAGGGUCAGCAGAUGCUUACCACCAUAUCAGGUAUGAUGCCCAACAUUCAGUACCAGGUUAUUCCCCAGUUUCAGACAGUAGACGGCCAGACACUGCAGUUGGCACAUACUCAGCAGGAUUCUGGUUUAUCUGCCGCUGCAGGUCAGGGCCAGCAGUUUCAGCUAGUGUCAUCUGCUAAUGGCCAGCAGAUCAUAGCUACCACCAACAGAGCUGGAGCUGCAGGAAACAUCAUAACGAUGCCCAGUCUCCUUCAGGGCGCCAUCCCCAUUCAAAAUAUAAACCUAGGCAAUGGCAUGUUACAAAACCAGCACCAGUUCCUGGCAAAUAUGCCUCUGUCACUAAAUGGAAACAUCACUUUGUUGCCCGUCAGCACUGGAACAAGCGGAGGGGGAGAUGCAAAUGGUGGAGGGGAUUCAGGGGGAAACCAACUCAUACAGCAACUUCCAGUGUCCAGUGGGGCAAGUUACAUGACAAGUGCGAACACCGUCACCACGCAGGCCGCCUCUUCAUAUGGAAUGACUCAAACGCUGAACAGCAAUGGAGUGGUGACAGGGACAUUCCAGCAGAACACAGCAUCUACUCUGGGUGUCCCCAUACAGCCAGACAACAGAGACGGGCAGCAGCCACAACAAAUCCUUAUCCAGCCUCAGCAGGUUAUCCAAGGGGGAACAUCCCUCCAGACCAUCCAAGCUGGCACUGGGGCUCAGGUAUUUGCCACUCCAACACUCAGCCAGGAAGGGCUUCAAAAUCUUCAAAUAAUGCCGAAUACAGGCCCCAUCCUCCUGCGCACUGUAGGCCCCAAUGGCCAGGUGAGCUGGCAGACCAUUCAGAUCCAGAGUCCGGCAGGACCACAGAUCACGCUGGCCCCAAUGCAAUCUCUCCCCCAACUUGGCCAGAGUGCUUCUGGAGCUGGAGGAGUAUCUGUCAACACAGUGCAGAUCCCAGGCAUCCAGACCAUAAAUCUCAACGCGCUCGGAGGCGCUGGGCUGCAGAUGCACCAGCUGCAGACUGUUCCCAUCACCAUCGCUAGCACAGCAGGAGAACAGGGGUUACAGACAGGUGGAGAAAGUUUGGAUGAUAGCACCGCUAUGGAUGAUGGGGAUAUAAGCCCACCACCUCAAGGACGACGUAACCGCAGGGAAGCCUGUACCUGCCCAUUCUGCAAGGAUGGAGAGGGACGGGAUCCAACUAAAAAGAAGCAGCACAUUUGUCACAUCUCCGGCUGUGGGAAGAUCUACGGCAAGACAUCCCACCUGAGGGCCCACUUGCGUUGGCACACAGGAGAACGACCCUUCGUCUGCGGCUGGUCUUUCUGUGGCAAGCGAUUUACCCGUUCAGAUGAGCUUCAGCGCCAUAAGAGGACGCACACAGGUGAAAAAAGGUUUGCUUGUUGUGAGUGUCCUAAACGCUUCAUGCGUAGCGAUCACCUCUCCAAGCACAUCAAAACCCACCUGAACAAGAAAGUAGUCGCCACCAGCAGCACCGCGGUCUCAACCGACGCGGCCUCCCCUUCAGCAGGAACAAAAGUCGGCACAGGAGCAGUGUCGGCCGGCGACCAGCACACCAUUGUCACCAUGGAAACCUUAUCUGCAGAGAGCAUAGCUCGGUUAGCCAGCAGCGGGAUCAACAUGAUGCAAGUGGACCUUCAGCAAAUGAACGGCAACAGCUACUAAGGACGGGUGGAGGAGCGAGAAGACUGGCUUUGGUGGAUGUCGCUUUAGGACAUUUGGGGUUAAAAAGGGCAUGCCUGACCGCAGACACAGAACCUCUCAAACGGACAGGAGGGACGCUCGCAGACGCAACACAACGGACACUAUCGAAUUUGAGAACUGAGGCAGGAACAUGGAUCUCCAUCUUGUAUUUAGAUAUCUGUGGUAUUGACGGGUCAGAGUUGGAGGAAAUUGUUAGACUAGAGACACCAUCAUGAAAUCUAAUUUCCCCUGAAUGGAAAUGGCACUACAACAACAUCUGUCCCACUCAAACACUCUAUCUUACCCGAUAGUGGGAUUGCAAUAACACACCCACAGACCGGCACCCUUGAUGCUGAAUUGGUAGCUAGUAAUAUCCUGUCUUCAAGCUUCUUUAGAAAAUGAGAUGACACUACUAAGUCAAACUCUCACCCUUGUUUUCCAAGGCUGUUUGCUCCGUGUCCCUCUUCACCUCAGGUAUUACCGGCCCUCCUAGACUGGGCUGCUGUAUCAGCCUUGCCCCUCAGGAUAACUGGCCCUUAAUGCUAAUUUAACCCCUAAAACUAGAGGUAUAACAAUCUUCUGUUGGAAAAAAAAAAAAAUUUGUAUUGUUUCUCACGUUUCUAUUUAACAACCCCAGUAUCAUAGGAAUAAUAUGAAAGUGUUUUAGGGUGAAGCGUUUGAGAGGAGGGCUGGAAUACAAAAGGUCACGACCAGGUCAGAGCCAAAAGCACUAAUCAGUGUGAGGACGACGGUGUGUCAGGGCACUGAAAUCCUGAGAAUAACUCUUUAACCUCUUGAGUAGGUACACACAUUCAAGCCAUCAUGCUUUGAUAGGUUUAUCAUAGCAAAACAUUUU